AUGAACCAAAUUCCAGUGUGGAAAGUGUCCCUGGAAACUGGACAGAUGGCAUUUACUUUGGCUCAACUUGAGGCCUUGGAGAUUUGCCUGAAGGAAGCAGAAGAAAAGGCUAAAUCCUUAUCUGAACAGCUUGCAGCCUCUGAAGGAACAAAAGCAAAACUACUUGAGCAAGUUUCCUGGCUAGAGGAAAAACUAGAGACUCUGAACCAUAAGGAAGACAGUGGGGAACCAUAUGAAAAAAUGGUUCUUGCAAAAGACCAGUGCAUUGAGAAAUUACAAGCUGAAGUAAAAGCUUCCCAAGAGCAACUUACAGCCCAUAAACUAAAGCACAAAAGGAAACUGAAAAAGCUGCAAACUGAUUUGGCAACAGCUAAGCAAGAGGCUGCCAUCACAGUCCUGGAGCUCAAUGAGAAGAUAAGGACUCUAUGUGAAGGGAAGCCAGCCCCUAGAGAAGACAAUGCUCGGGAAGAGUCCUGUGGUGGUCUCCCGCCUGUGGAAGAAGGUGAUCGAAAAAUUAACCUGAUUAUGGAGUUGUCAACGCAGGUUUCCCUUCAGACUGAGAAGAUCACCCAGCUGGAAGAUAUUUUAGAGGAAAAGGAAAGGAAAAUUCAGCAGCUGGAAGCUGAGCGGGGAUCCCAGCCCUUCCAAGAGGUUGAGGACACUCCAGAAUGUUUACAAGAAGCCCCAAUUUUCUUUAAUAAUAGGGUCACCCCCGUGGUCUCUGAUGAAGAUAUGUAAGCAUUCCUAGUAAGAAAAUAAUAAAUAUUUAUUAAGUGUCACCAGCGUAAAGUCCAGAACCCAGCUAGUCUCCCCAGUAGCAAACUCAAGUUCAAGAUGAUGGGUUUGAAUAGAUCCCAUAGCUUUUGUAUUGGAAGGAAACAAAACAAAGGGGAUUCUUCAGGAGUAAUUCCUGAAUACUUCCCCUUCAGACAUCAGCCAUCAGGUAACCUAUACACUUGCAGAAUACUAUGUUUUUAGAUAUCCCAGAUAACCACAGGACAAAGAAAAACACACAGCUAGACUGAUGGUCAAAGAACAUAGUAUCAUUGUCUUAUCAGAGGUUUGUCACAUUGCAAGGUGGCACCAUACCUGUAUCCAUAAGCAGCUCACCUGUGGACAGAAAACUGUCAUAGAAGGCAAGCUUCAAACUGGGGGAAAUGGGGGUACUGAAGAGUAGAAUCAUUGCCAGCAGAGUAAACAGCCAUGAGGUCUGUUUUUUCAUAUCUCUAGACUAUAUUUCUUUAUGGCAUGUCUCUUAUUAGCAUUUAACGAGCGGAGAAGUGAA